AUGAUAAGCGCAAAGGGAAACCUUCGGGUGGUGCUUCCGGGGGGUGGUCUCCCAUCGUUGGUACGUUCGGGAAGUCGGGUGGUAGACAUAUUGGGAAGUAGCCAUCACGGUGGAAGGGGUAAUUAUAACAUCAACAUUCAGGGGAGGAGAGGAAAGGCAUUCUUCCUCCCACGGAGACACUUCGCCAUAGGAGUUUUCGAAAGGAAGAAGCCACAUAUGAAUAUAGGAACUAUAGGGCAUGUGGACCAUGGAAAGACGACACUCACAGCUGCCAUAACAAAAGUAUGCGCAAGUUUAAAGAGAGCGACAUUCAAAUCGUAUGAAGAAAUAGAUAAAACACCAGAAGAGCAAAAGAGAGGAAUCACCAUCAAUGCAACCCAUGUAGAAUACGAAACAGAAAAAAGACACUACAGCCAUAUAGAUUGCCCAGGGCAUUUAGAUUAUGUGAAGAAUAUGAUUACGGGUACAUCACAGAUGGAUGGAUCCAUCCUAGUCGUUUCUGCUUAUGAUGGCUUAAUGCCACAGACGAAGGAGCAUGUCUUAUUAUCAAGACAGAUAGGAAUAGAAAAGAUGAUUGUUUAUUUGAAUAAAAUAGAUAUGUGUGAAGAUAAGGAGCUAGUGGAUUUGGUUGAGUUAGAAAUAAGAGAACUACUCUCCUUUCAUAAAUACGAUGGGGACAAUAUCCCCUUCAUCAAAGGUUCAGCUCUUAAAGCAUUAAACGAUGAUCAGUCUGAAUAUGGAGUUCCUUCCAUCUUGAAACUACUAGAUGCUUGCGACAAUUAUAUUGAUGAACCCAAAAGAAAAAUGGAUCUACCUUUUCUCAUGAGCAUUGAUGAUGUUCUGCAAAUAUCAGGAAAAGGAACUGUCGCAACGGGGAGAGUAGAACAAGGAACAUUGAAGCUGAAUGAUUCUGUUGAAAUCAUGGGAAUCAAGGAGAAGCCAAUAAAAACUGUUGUCACAGGAAUUGAAAUGUUUAGGAAAACGCUAGAUGCAGCUCAAGCGGGCGACCAAAUUGGAGUGAUGUUGAAAAAUGUAAAAAGAAACGACUUAACCAGAGGGAUGGUAAUUACUAAAGUACCAAAUCUUAAGACAUACAAAUCCUUCGAAAGUGAUGUAUACGUUUUGAAAAAUGAGGAAGGAGGUAGGAAGAAUCCAUUUUCGUCUUACUACAGACCCCAGGCAUACAUACGAACAGCAGAUGUAAACUGCGCUGUCAUUCUCAAUGAAGAUACGCAGGUUGCCAAUCCAGGGGAUAACAUCAAGUGUACAAUUGAGCUCAUGUACCCUUUGGCUCUGACUAGCGGGCUCCGCUUUUCUCUUCGUGAAGGGGGCAAGACAGUCGCCUCCGGUAUCAUAACGAAGGUCAUCUAA